AAGAUCAACCUGCUAGGCGAAUGAUCACCUUGUUGCUUACUCCUAUCUCUGCCUCCGCUCUGAUGGCUGACAUUGGCAUCAACAACUUUCUCGUCAUCAUCAUCAUCAUCACCACCAUAGUCUGCGCACCUCCCUAUCAUCUUGCCCUGCAUCUCCACGACCACAGUCCCCAACUGACGGCAAUUCACCAGAAUGCUUCGCAAGAAAGAAGUUUACACCAACAUUAUCUCCCUCCCCUCCAAUAUCCCCCGUCAACUAGCCAUCGACAUCCUCCACAGCCACGGCGAGAUCAUCUCCCUCAACCCCCUCGUCAUCUCCCACCACCCCAUCAAAGCCCCACGCAACGCCUCAGCAGACGAGUACUACUCAACAUGGUACGAGAUUACUGAGCGAGUGCGCUACGUCCCCGGCACAAUCAGCUUCAGAGGCUGCUUCCACGACGAACCCUGGGGGCUGAAAACCCACACCUACGCACCCAUGGGCGUUGAUCUGCACAACACAUAUCGCAUUGUGGAGGACCCAAUCAACGACCCGUCACUUCAACUCGCAGUUACAGAGUCCGUGAGGAUUAAUAAAGGAGGACUGUGUCUGCGCGAAGACGUCGAGAUCGAAUGCAACCUAACACUGAUUUCGUUCGUGAAGAGCCAGCUGCGCGCCGCAUCCAAGGUAUUAGUGGAUCGCCUGAUCAAGAAAGCCGAACUCAUUGACGCAGGUGUCUUGCAUGGUAUCAUGGAAGACGGGGUGCUCAGAACGUAUAACCCAGCGGACCGAACACAUACAGCCGUGAUGAUGCAGCCGGAUGAACGGUCACGACGAUCGUCAUACCAGGUGCCCAUGUCGCCGAGUGAGUAUUCACGGUCGGAGUCAAUGACUUCGCAGACGCCCUAUGCCUUUGCGCAGCAGUAUCGGCAGGGUCGUAAGCAAGAAUUUACGGCGGAAUUACCAGCUGAUACGUACUAUCCCAUGCCGGGGGCGGGGGAAUAUAAAGUACCCCCAGAUGGAGGAUAUCCGGCUGAACUGCCAGCAAUGAACGAGAGGCCUGGAGGAUAGUGCCCUUCGAUAUAAUAUUAUGGAGACACUCGCGUCUCAUAAAUGAUUAUAUAUCGUGGAACUAUUCUGGAUGAACAUUUCCGCAUAUUCUACAAUGAUACCC